AUGAAAAUCAAAACUAUAUCCCGUUCUGCGGACGCGUACGUGCCUGUCUCUAAUGCGAGAGAGUCGGCCUUGCCAAGAAACCUGAACCCGGAACUGCACCCGUUCGAACGUGCAAGAGAGUACACACGGGCUCUUAAUGCCACCAAGUUGGAGCGUGUGUUUGCGCAGCCAUUUGUGGGCACGCUGGGAGACGGCCACCGGGACGGAGUGUACGCUUUGGCGAAGAACUUCUCCUCGGUGAACAAGAUUGCGACGGCGUCCGGGGAUGGUGUCAUCAAGUACUGGGACAUCACCUCCAGAGAGGAGACCUACUCGUACAAGGCGCAUUACGGAAUGUGCUCCGGCUUGGUUGUGACGCCAAACCAGAAGUCCAUACUUUCUUGCGGUGUCGAUAAGACCAUCAAGAUGUGGCAAAUCUCCAACGACUCCGAGUACAACCAGAACUACGAUUACUCCUCUAGCUCCACAGAUCCGUCCACCACUGGCUUGAUGAAGACUUUUCUCGCGGAUUUCUCCCUCAUGUCGCUUGACCACCACAAGUCAGAUGAUAUCUUUGUUACUGCGGGAGCCGAAGUCAACCUCUGGGACAUCAACAGAAACAAGCCUUUGUCCAACUUGUCGUGGGGCGCAGACAACAUUACAAGCGUCAAGUUCAACAAGGCGGAGACUUCUGUGUUUGCGAGUGCCGGAUCAGACAACUCUUUGAUUUUGUACGACAUCAGAACCAACUCCCCGACCCAGAAAAUCAGAACUUCGAUGAGAACCAAUGCGAUAUCCUGGAAUCCGAUGGAGGCGUACAUUUUUGCGACUGCCAACGAAGAUCAGAACUCCUACCUGUGGGACAUGAGAUACAUGGAAAAAUCGUUGAACGUGUUCAAGGGACAUGUCAACGCCGUCAUGGAUGUAGACUUUUCCCCAACCGGUAAGGAACUUGUGACAGGUUCUUACGACAAAACUCUAAGGCUCUUUUCAACGGAUAAAGGCCACUCACGAGACGUCUACCAUACAAAGAGAAUGCAACGUAUAUUUAUCACCAAGUUUUCGAUGGACUCCAAGUACAUUUUCUCAGGUUCCGACGACGGCAAUAUCAGAAUAUGGAGAUCAAAGGCAAACGAGAGAUCUGGUCCAAAGUCAGCACGUAAACGUGCCAAGGAAGAGUACGACGAAAAACUUAAGGAAAGAUACGCAGACAUGCCUGAAGUUAGAAGAAUUGCCAGACACAGACAUCUGCCUGGCUAUAUCAAACAUGCCUCCGAAAUCAAGGCCGAAGAAAUCCAGAGUAUCAAAUACCGUGAAGAAAACCGCCGUAACCAUAGCAAAGCCGGUGCGGUCCCUUAUGUUCCGGAAAGAUCCAAACCUGUUGUUGGCCGUGUCCAUAAACAAUAG